CAUAACAAACAAGGAUCGAAGUUGGUUGGUUUCAUGGGUUAUGCUUAACAAGGUACAUGAAGAUUUUAAGUCACAAACAUUUGGACAUGAUCGUUUCGUUCCUUGCGAUAAGAACCAGAACCAGGGCCGGGAAAUAAAUUUCUUAUGGAAUCUAUUAAUCAACUGUUCAAAUAAGAACCAGGUCGUCCUACAGUAAGACGUGUGCGUAUGUUGUGUGUUUUUAUUUUGGUGUGGGUAUUAAUUAAGGAAAGCCGAAGCCCAACAAUCCCGGACGCGUUUUGAUUGCUAGGUUUGGGCUUUCAUUGUCAAAUAUUGUUUCCCAUUACGACACCGUGUAGCAACUGAGCCGGCCACACCACUAGUCAAACCUUAUUGCAUCCCAUCCCACAACAAUUCCUUGUUUUGUUUUAUUUCGGAAUUCUAUUUCUUCACUAGCAUGGUUUAAGCGCGAUGAACAACAGGUUUUCGCACCAGGCGACGACCAACCACCCUUCUUUUCUUUCUUUGAUAUUUCCUAAUUUUUGUUUCCCUUUUUGAACUCUCCUCUAUCGCUUCCCCUAUUAUUUAAGACCUUUCCUUUCCGAGUCUUUCACCCUAGAUUACAUUCUUUCUUUCUCUCUGCUUAAUGAUUAUGGCGAUGGCUAGUAACAAUGAACACAAACCAACCUUGAUCAUGAACCACACUUCGCCCAUCUACGAGUACGAACGUUAUGAAGGAGAAGACUUGGAUGACUAUCAUCAAGACCAGGAUGCUUCUUCUUCUUCUUCUUCUUCUCCUCCUUGUGGUGUUGGUGAUUGUUUUGGCCUCUUUGGGUUCACAUCAUGUACAUGGCGGCAAAACCACGACAACGAUUAUGAACGUAAAUACUUACUGCAGCAAGAAGGUGGAUGGCACAAGGAGACGACAUGGUGGUGGAGGAAGAAAUUGACCAAGGCUAAGGAGUCUACUCAAGUAUUGGACGGCUCCAAGUGGAAGACCUUCAUCAGAAAGAUUGCUGGAUAUUGCAAGACUAUGAAGCAAAAACAAAACAACAGGUUGUCCAAGAAACAAAAGCAAAAGAAUACUAGAUUUCAGUAUGAUUUUCAUAGUUAUGCUCUCAAUUUUGAUGGCGGUGUUGCUAGAGAAGGAAAUGAUGCUGCUCUUGAUUUUGCAGCAAGGUUUGCCGCUCCUUUGUCUAAUGAGCAUGGUUCCAUAGGCAGGCCGGUUCAUGAAACCACCCUUGAAUCAGCUUCUAUAGAAUCCAAACGUUAGAUUGGGUGUCGUUUGUGUUCUCCUGUUUCCUUCUUUGAUAAGUUAAUUGUGCGCUGUUAUGAAACAGACCAAAAUUAAGUCUUUUUUGGGUUGUACUUUUGCCUUAAAAUUUCAAUUUCGCAUUAAGGUUUUUGGAAGACUACACAGCAAAUUUCAAAUACUCACAAGGAAGCAAGGCGCUUGUGAUAAACAAAGCUCACCACCCAGAAUGCGUAAUGGAAAGCGGCACACAACUAGUGUUGUUUGCCGCGAUUCACUCAAAACCACUGAUACCAAAUUUCUACAGGGUGUAACACAUCAAAACAUCCAUAAACUGCUAUAGACAUCUGUCUUUGUAGCCAUUCUCAUCCAUAGAAAUUAGAAAUUAUAUAGAAAGCAAACGUUUAAUUUAGAGACGCUUAGUAUACAAAAAUUCUAUAUCUAGCUAGAUCCACAUAAACGUGGUACAAAAAGACUACCUGGUUCGAGUUUUUCGUGUUACAUAUGCGUAAAGUUUUAUGAGAUGGUACAUCAGACAUCAGGAUGCCCUUCAUUUGCUGGUCUAACCUUUUACUGUAUCGGAAAUACGAAGUUCCUUGCGGCCUCUUUCUGUAUGGCCAAAUAUUGCUCUCUCGCUGAUGCUAGACUUUUUUUUUUUUU